AAACGAGGCAGUAUUUAUUUUUUGUCUUACAUUCUGAAAUGCAUAUAAACUACAUACCAGUUUAUAUCUAAUCCACAACAAUAUAUAUAAACAAACACACAACACAAGAAAUUAUAUAUCACAAGGUACAAAUGGAUUUGAGUAUGAAUUAUGGCAAUAUUGAAGAAAGUGAGUUGUAUGAUGCUCAAAUCCAUUUCUACAAACAUAUACACAACAUUCAAAGUUCUAUGGCACUCAAAUUUGCAGUGGAGUUAGGGAUAGCAGAUGCAAUCCACAACCAUGGAAAACCAAUGACACUUGUUGAAUUAGCUUCAACUUUAAAACUAAACCCAUCUAAAGUUAGUAUCCUCUAUCGAAUCAUGCGCUUGCUAACACACAAUGGUUUCUUCGCAAAAACAACGUCGAAAGCCAAAGCAGGUGAAGAAACAAUGUAUUCUCUAACACCACCAUCAAAGCUUCUCAUCAGAGGCAAACCGAUGUGUUUAGCAUUCUUUGCUGGAGGUCAUCCACGUUAUAUGAACAUGUGGAACUACACCAAGAAGUGGUUGCUUGAGGAAAAGGAAGAACUCAGCCUAUUUGAGAGUGCAAAUGGGGAGACAUUCUGGGAAAUGCUAAACAAAGAUUCUGAAUCAGAUAACCUGUGUUUUUUUCAAGAGGCCAUGGAAGCUGAUUCUCAUAUGUUUAAGCUUGCACUCAAAGACUGCAAGCAUGUGUUUGAAGGUUUGGAGACUUUGGUUGAUGUGGGAGGUGGGACUGGAGUUGUUGCAAAACUCAUUCAUGAAGUAUUUCCUGAUAUUAAAUACACUGUUUUGGAUCAACCACAGGUUGUUGGUAACUUAACUGGAAAUGAAAAUUUGAACUUUGUUGGUGGAGAUAUGUUCAAAUUUAUCCCUCAUGCAGAUGCUGUUUUACUUAAGUGGAUUCUACAUGAUUGGAAUGAUGAGCUCUGCUUAAAGAUAUUGAAGAAUAGCAAAGAAGCUAUUUCUGGAAAAGGCAAGGAUGGAAAGGUUAUAAUCAUUGACAUGUCAAUUGAUGAAACAAGUGAUAAUCGUGAGUUAACUGAGUUGCAACUGAACUUUGACAUGGUAAUGCUGACUUUGUACAAUGGAAAAGAAAGAGAAAAAAAAGAAUGGGAGAAACUCAUAUAUGAUGCAGGCUUCAGCUGCUACAAAAUUACUCCCAUAUGGGGUUUCAAGUCUCUCAUUGAAGUUUAUCCUUAGUUUGGUGUUACGUUACAAGUUCAAUUAAUAAGUCAAAUUUUUAAUGUUUAUUGUUUAAUUUGCUUUGUUUUAGUUGGUUCAGUGGUGAUUGGCGCUGAACUUGGUAGGGAGGAUCACGGUUCGAUCCCCCGUAACUGCAUUUGGGAGGGGACUGGAACCACUUGAUGCCAGAACUCGUCCCGAACCCUGGACUACUAGAGCCCCUUCCUUUAGGAACCAGAGGGUGAAAACAAAAAAAAUAAAUAAAUAAUUGUUUCCUUUUUCUUUUACAUCGAAUGUUUAAUGUUUCUAUUUGAUAUGUAUUUCCCAUGAUUGUUAUUUUCAAA